UUCCUUCCCCGCCAACGGCAGAACAUUAUUAGACGCGGUGUUUGGUUUACGCCGGGACAUGCUCUUCCUUACAGUUUCCGUGCUCACUUACAUGGCUGAUAUCGUGCCGGCGUGGAACGGCUCUGCUGCGUGCCCUCGCGUCUGCAGAUGCUCAGCCCGGGAUACCGUACUCUGCGACAGAGCUGGCCUGAGAGCUCUCCCGGGAGAAAUAGCAACCUCCACCCGUGCUUUAAGCCUUUCAAGUAACUUUUUAAGGGUGCUCACCGCCGGUAUGUUCAGGAACCUGACUGCCCUUCGCAGCCUCUGGCUAGACGGCAAUAACCUGACCUUCCUGCACCCAGGGACCUUUAGCGCGCUGAGCAGCUUGCGGCAGCUGGACCUUCGCAGGAACUCAAGGCUGACGUCCCUGCACGCUAAUGCUUUCAGAGGACUCUUGAACCUCGCCAGCUUGGAUUUAUCCUUCUGCAACAUCUUUGAAAUCCACCCGCUGGUGUUUUCACACCUGCCCUCCUUGGAAGCGCUGGACCUCGGCUCCAAUAACAUGCGUUACAUCCCAGAAGCCUUCAGGAGCUUAUCCAGCAUCGCCAGGCUCAGUCUGGCAAGCAACCACAUCGAAGCCAUAGGCCGAGACUCCCUGAAGGACCUGAAAACCCUCUACGAAUUGAACCUCCGCAAGAACCCCAUAUGGAUCAUCCAAAGGGACGCGUUUACGGCGCUGAGCGGGCUGGGCGUGCUAAAUUUAGGACACAACCUUCUCUCUGAUUUGCCUAAUCAGCUUUUCAAAGGUUUGAUCCAGCUCAAGACGCUGCACCUGGAAGCCAACAGGAUCGCCAGGGUCGGCUGCUCCUUUAGCGGCCUGCGGAGCCUGCGGACGCUGUACCUCAACAACAACUGCAUCUCCCACAUCGCAGGCUCGGCUUUCUCCCACCUCAAGCAGCUGCAUUUCCUCCACUUGAGCAAGAACAACUUAAGUUACCUUCCCAGUCCCGUGUUUUCCGGGCAGGCGAAGCUGAGAUACGUCUUUCUGUCUCACAACCCCUGGCAUUGCGACUGCAAAAUGCUUUGGUUCCCGCAGUGGAGAGCGACGUACAAAGGGCGGAUGGAGGGGCUCCACUGCGCCUUUCCAGCCCUCCACAACGGGACCCUGCUGCACUUCACUGGUCACGAGAAAUUAACUGGUUGCCUGUCAUCACCGGGGCCGGCAGAAGAUAGCGUGUGUACGGACAGCAACGCCAGCACUGCUUCUCGCCCGUCGGCCGUUUCUGACGCCCUGCUGCCGGUCCUGCUCGCUUGGUGCCGAUGGCACUGGGUAAGGAUGUAG